AUGGGUGGUACGGGUCAUAGGCUUGCCAGCACGACUAUCGUAGUCGCUGGCGUCGCAGCCUUGACCGCGACACUGUUGUCCACCAUCUCAAUCUUCCUGCAAGCGGUCCCAAUCUACGCGAUUGCAUCGUGGACAAGUAUGAUAUCUAUUACGGCGUCGCAUUUUCUCGAUCCCAUCCGCGAUAUAUAUGAGGCCUUCACGAUUUACACCUUCUUCCAGCUCCUCAUCAAUUAUAUUGGGGGCGAGAGGGCGUUGAUCAUCAUGAUGCACGGGAGGGCCCCGGUCAGCCAUCUUUGGCCUCUCAAUCACGUUCUCGCCAAGGUCGACAUCUCCGAUCCGCACACCUUCCUCGCCAUUAAGAGAGGCAUCCUACAAUACACGUGGCUGAAGCCGCUUCUGGCGCUAGCUGCCGUCAUCAUGAAGGCCUGUGGUGUUUAUGAAGAGGGCUACAUUGGCUUAAAAUCGGGCUACUUCUGGAGCGGCAUCAUCUACAACAUCAGCGUGACCGUCAGCCUUUACGCCCUGGGUCUGUUUUGGGUCUGCAUGAAUAAGGACCUGAAGCCGUUCCGACCCGUUCCCAAGUUCCUAUGCAUCAAACUCAUCAUCUUUGCUUCGUAUUGGCAAGGGUUCUUCCUCUCGAUCCUGGUCUGGCUAGGUGCCAUUCCUGAUGACGUGGAUGGAUACACCCCUGACAACCUCGCUGCCGCGAUCCAAGACGCCUUGAUCUGUAUUGAAAUGCCUGCAUUUGCCAUCGCGCACUGGUACGCCUUUUCCUGGAAGGACUUUGCUGAUAAUAGCAUCUUCUCUGCGCGUAUGCCUCUCGGAUAUGCCUUCAAAGACGCAUUUGGGCCGAAGGACCUCAUCGAGGAUUCAAAACAAACUUUCAAGGGAGACAGCUACGGAUACCGCUCCUUUGACUCGGGCGAUAAGAUUAUGGCCCACGAGGACUCUCGAUCAAGACUCGCCCGCAUCCAGGAAGGUAUGAGAUAUGAGCGAGGAGGAAAGGGAAAGUACUGGAUUCCAAAACCUGGUCAGAGUCAGGUUUCGGCAACCACGCCUCUCCUGGGCCCGGCUUAUGCCGGCUCUUCGAGUAGGGCACAAACGACAAGCGACUCAAGCGGAAGCACGUUUGACGAAGAGCUGAACCUAGAUCCUGAGGAGGAACGUCUUUAUGAUAAAGCAAGAGAGCUUGAAUAUGGAGAUUGGAACUAUCCUGUCAUUACCGCUAGCGAGCCUCUGCACGCGAGAUAUCAGACUCCACCUCUACGGCCUACGCCGAAUCGGCGGCCUCCCUCGAAGCCGGCUGCGCAGAACCUAGGUCCUAGUGAAGGAACUCCAGUCACGAAGAAGAAGAAGAGACGCCCGCCGCCUCAGGAGAGCACCCAGAGCGAUCGUGGUGGCGGCCGGUCAUCGCUGCAACAGGUAGCAACCGAAUCUCGACCACAUGCCUUACCCCCGGUCUCCCAAGGGUAUACUACUACUGCUACCAGAGACGAACCCACAUUAGAUGACCGGGGGACGUCUCCUCAGAACGAGGAAACGAUGGAGGAGCCGACAUUCACCCCACGGUACGAAGUGAACGAGAAUGACGAAUUCCGCAAUGUUUGGGGAUAG